AUGUGGCGCUUUCCCAUAUUUUGGAAACGGAACAAGAGAAAAGUAACUGUCACAUCAAAUCAUAAUAAUAGAAAACAGCAACAGCAGCAAUCUGAGAAUAAUAAUGAUGAUGAUAUUGAAAUGAUGUUUCUAAAUAUGAAUAAUCUCUCAAUUUCAGCUGGUACUCAUAAAACAACACCAACAAAAGCCUAUACAAUAAUAGCAAGUAAUGGAAUAAAUGGUUCUUAUACUCAAUACUCAUCGUCUAGUUCAAAUUCUACAUUACAUCCAACACAACAUAAUUUAAAAUUAGAAUAUACUGCUUGUAGUACAACAAGUCAUCCAAAAUCAAAACCUGUAGAAAUAAAUAUUAUAACAUCUUUUGAUAAUAUUGAUAAAAUUGCACAAGAAUCGAUGAAUAUAAUUCAACAAGAACAACGUAAACAAACACGUCAUAGAAAUCAUAAACCAUUAAACUUGGAAAGUGUUGUACAAUAUGAUUUAACAAAUUCUUCGUCUUGUUCCUUGCCAACGACACCGAAUCAAAAUACCAUCAAACCAGAAAAGAAAUUAAUAGAUCAAAAAAGUAUAUUUUAUUCGUGUGAUUGUAUUUUAGACAACAUCAAUAGCAAUGGGAAUGAUCGAAUAGUGCAUUCAGAUGAAUCAACAUAUCAAGAGAUGGUAAAUGGAAAAAAUACUGAUACUUCUAAGUCAUUAUUGAACAAAAAUCAACAAAUAAAUUCUGUUGUGGAUAAUAAUCAAAGAUCGUAUACUUAUUCAAAAGAUCAUACCACGUAUGGCGUUGACUGGAGUUCUACUGCUCAUCCGAACUCUCAUUGUUGGCAUCCAUGUCCAAAAGAUAAUUCAAACGUUUAUUUUUGUCAAUAUUCUGGUUGUGUUAAUGAAACAUUGUUAGCUAAGACAAAUCGUAACACUACAGUGACUACUGACAAUAUUUUAUUACAAUGUGAAUCGUGUUCAUUUAUCAUUCAUUCUCAUCACUUAUCAUUUUCUUCUCCAAUACGAAUUCCAUUGUGUCGUUUAACGUUUAUCGAUAAUAAAACAGAUGCGUCUCGUUUCGAUAAACAUUUCUGGAGAAAUGUGAACGUCUUAACAAAUCCAUGUAAUUUUUGUAAGAGAAAAGCAAAUUCACUAUUCACACGACCUCUGACAACUGCAAUUGAUUUAAGUGAAUUAGAAAAUUCGACAGUAUCAGCGAUCAUUCCUACACCAACAACAACAAAAUCUACUGUCUGUGGAAUUCAAUGUGUAUGGUGUUCCAGGACUUAUCACAAAAAAUGCUUUGAAAAAUUAGAUGAAUUAUUAAAAACAGAAUGUGAUUAUGGAACACUACGAAAUAUCAUUGUUCGUCCACAAUGCAUACGAAAAUAUCCCGAUCGAUUUAAAGCCGUUAAUGAUGAUAAAACGUUAAAUAUGGAUUCACCGUUACUUGUAUUCAUUAAUAAACGUAGUGGUGGACAAAUAGGAGAGAAAAUAUAUAAAAAAUUAUUAAAAAUUCUUAAUCCAAGACAAAUAUUUUUAUUAGAUAAUAAUCAAACAAUUUUAAAUGCUUUAGAAAUUUAUUCUGAAUUAUCAAAUACUCGAGUUUGUGUUUUUGGUGGGGAUGGAAGUGUUGGAUGGGUUUUAGCAAAAUUAGCUGAUUUUUAUCAUGGACUGAAUAAUCCGCCUGUGGCAAUCGGUCCUCUUGGCACAGGAAAUGAUUUAUCUCGCGUAUUAGGUUGGGGCGAUGUAUAUGACAGUAAACGUUUGUUACCGACAUUACUACAAAUUCCAAAAUCACAUCCAAUUCCAUUAGACCGUUGGCAUGUCGUUGUUGAACCACUUUCACAAAUAUCAUCAUCAUUACCAAUUAGUACUACUAGCAUCGAUCAUAAACAUCGAAAUAAAGUUGAAUUACGUAAUCAUCAACAAGAUUUUCUUCUCAAUCAUAAUAAUCCAAAAUUCGUACGUGAAACAAAUCGACCAUCGUAUUUAAACCAUCGAACAUUACCUAAUUCAUAUUUUAUUAAUUAUAUGAGUUUCGGAUUGGAUGCAGCUAUUGCACUUGAAUUUCAUGAUAAACGAACUAGAGAACCGGAAAAAUUUUCGAGUCCAUUUAAAAAUAAACUUAUGUAUUUAAAUGAAAGUCGAAAAUAUAUGGGAGAUUUUACAAAAUCAAAUCGAUGGAAUCUAAGUGCAUAUCUCACACUCAUAUGUGAUGAUCGAAACUACACAGAGUCUAUACGCAAUUGUCAUACACUCGUUGUACUAAACAUUCCCGGCUAUGCAUCGGGUACAAAUCCCUGGGGUAAAUCAUCUUCUAAUUCUUCAAGUUCUCGAGAUUUUGGUUCGUCAGAUCACAUCUCAACCACAUCUGUCAGUUUACCAUCAGCUGGAGAACCGUAUGAAUUAAUAACAGUGAAUAAGAACUCGACCGAAUCACCCAACACUACAACAACACUAUCUCCUCUAGUAUCUAGUGAUCAACAUUUUGGUGAUAAAAUGCUUGAAGUCGUAGGUUUGUCUACAAUGCAUAUGGGACUUAUACAUAUGGGCUUUUCAGGUAUUCGCAUUGCACAAUGUAGUCAAGUACGAAUUGAAAUCCAGAC